CUGGGGCCGGCCUCCUGCCGCCAUGGAGUCCCGCCCACUCACCUGGGCGCUGGUGCUGCUGGGCACCGCUCUGGCGCUCGCUCUGGGCACUGUGCCCGCUCCGGAAGCGCGGGAGAAGCUGUGCGGCCACCACUUCGUGCGCGCGCUGGUGCGGCUGUGCGGGGGCCCGCGCUGGUCCUCGGAAGACCGGAGGCGGGUGGCUGGCGGCGAGCGUGAGCUGCUGCAGUGGCUGGAAGGACAACAUCUCCACAGGCUGGUGGCCGAAGGGGACCCCAUGCUGGUUCUCAUGCCACAGCCCCUGCCCCAGGGCUCUCGCCAUCACCACCGCAGGCGGGCAGCUGCCACCAACCCUGCCCACCACUGCUGCCUCAGUGGCUGCACCCGGGGGGACCUGCUGACCCUGUGUCCGCACUGAACCCUCCUCCCGGAUGUGGCCCCGGAGGAUCCAGAGACCCAGAGGGGUCUGGUCCAGCGAGCUCCUGAAGCCACACAGCACCACAAAGCCCUGUCUGGGAGGAUGGUGACAAUUACCUUGCUGUGCUCCCCACCUCCCCCAGGCCACCUUCCUCUGAGGGGCCAACCACGAGAAAAAUGACACCUGCACCCUGGCUUGGAAGAGCCUUGGUUUUGCCCAGAUGCCAGAUACUCAGGGCCAAACUUCCUC